AUGGGCGGUCUGGGGCUGGGGUUGCUGAUCGGAUACAUCAUCGGUGGAUUGACAUUUUUGCCGCUGCUGGUAUGGACACUGUGGACCUUGGGCACGCGCGAUGCAAACCACUACCCAGAAGAGGCGAUGCCAGGCUCGCCGGACAAGGAAGUUGGUGUAGAGCACAAUGACUGGGAAGCUGGUCUGGGAGAAGAUCUACUUCGCAAGUUGAAAGCCAAACAUGCUCCAGAUGCGGCAUCUGGGUACUUCGCUGUGUCUCGGGAAUAUGUGCCAGGUGGUGUCAACGGAAAGCCGCCGGAGCGAACCACUCCAGCAACAGGCGCGGUGACAGCUAUGGAAAGCCCAAGCGUCUACCAAUCCAUGUACCGGAGCAUCUUUGAUAGAAGCAAGACUACAAGCCCUACCUUCAGUCCAGCUCAAGGAAAGAGCAAGAAGACGCGGAACGUCUUCUAUAUUGUCCUGAGACUUGGCCAUCUCAUGCUCUACGAUGACUCCGAACAAGUCGAGGUCCGCCAUGUGAUAUCACUCGCACACUAUUCCGUAUCUAUAUAUGCCGGCGGCGAACGUAUCCCGGAGGGCGAGCUAUGGAUCAAGCGUAACUGCAUCCGUUUAGCAUCAAGAGACCCGGCAAGCACCGUUGGCGAUUCUAGAUCAUACUAUCUAUUCUCUGACAAUUGCUCGGAGAAAGAAGACUUCUAUCAUGCCAUGCUACGCAGUCAAGAGAGUCACGUAGAGUCAUCGCCAGGCCCACCGCCGCCGCUGAAGUUCAACCCUGCAGAUUUGAUCAAACUAGUGCAGCAGCUCCAUGCCUCUGAGGAGAACUUCAACACCCGUUGGAUCAACGCUUUGAUAGGAAGAUUGUUCUUGGCUAUGUACAAGACCAAGCAUAUCGAGAACUUUAUCUGGACCAAGAUCACGAAGAAGAUAGACCGCGUGCAGAAGCCAAGCUUAAUCAGCAGCGUAAAAGUGCAAAAGUUGGAUAUGGGAGACAUGCCACCAUUCAUUACCAAUCCAAAGCUGAAGGAACUGACUGUAGAUGGUGACCUGACUGUUGAAGCUGACAUCAGCUACAAGGGAAAUUUUCGUAUCGACAUAUCGGCAGUGGCACGAAUCGAGCUUGGCUCUCGCUUCAAGCCUCGAGAGGUCACGAUAAUUCUUGCAACGAUUUUGAAGAGUUUGGAGGGUCGUAUAUUGAUCCGGGUGAAGCCUCCGCCAAGCAACCGAUUGUGGGUCACUUUUGAAGUUCCCCCAAAGAUGGAGCUGUCCGUCGAGCCCAUCGUGAGCUCCCGACAGAUUACGUAUGGGGUUAUCUUGCGCGCAAUCGAAAGUCGCAUUCGAGAAGUAGUGAAUGAGACCCUGGUGUUACCGAAUUGGGAUGAUAUGCCCUUUUUUGCUACGGAAUCGCGCCAAUUCCGAGGCGGUAUUUGGAAAGACGAAAUUGCUCUGGGAAUCGGAUCCCACGUCGUCCCCGUGGAGCCCGCCCAAGCUCUUCCCGAUGAGCUGCCCUCGGGAACAGCAUCAACUUCGAGCGCUGUCUACAGCUCCGCAUCAGAUGCGGGAAAGAGUGUUUCUAGCUUGGGCCUGAACAAUCUCCACAAAAGAAAUACCACACAGCUAGAGACAACCGAAGACAGCUCAGAGAUAUCGCCUCUAGCUGAUCGAUCCCCCCGCAUCAAGCCAAGACCAAUGCGAGCCAGCUCUUACACGCAUGCCGGUGCGGCGACUCCCACAGUCGAUACGGACCCGGCUUUCUCGCAAAGCAUUGAGCGUGGAGAGGAAGUCAAUGCCGCUGCGCUGAUGAAAGAUACGGCUGCAAGAUCGCCACCUUUAUCGCCAUCGAAUCCUCCUCUCCCACCCCGAAUUCGAACAUCUACUGAGCGGCGCCACUCCUCUUCCCCUGACCGUGGUAAGGAAGUCAAACCUACUCACAGCUUCGACGACAUAUUAGCUACCAUGCCAGCCCAGGAAACCUCAAUUGGGAUCAGGAGGAACACCAGCCCUGAAAAAGGAACGGAGCAGCCAAGUGAGGCUGCCUCGGCACAAAAACGUCUCACGCUCAAUCAGUCCUUGAACACUGCAACGAAUGCAGCCAAGAAGUGGCUUGCCGCUCGUCAGACUACAAACGCCAAUGAUCCUGCUAAUACCUCUCCGAAAGGAAGCGAAGGAAAGGAGCUGAAUGAGGCUACGCACUCACGCAGUAGUUCGAAGAACGGGCUUCAAAUACCCCAGGGGCCAAUUGGACGGGGCCAGCCUCUUCCACCUCCUGGCACUCCGCUUCCACAUCCGGCUAAGGACAGAAGAGGGACAUGGAGCGCUCAGACUGCUUCUGCUUUGGUGAAUCUUGCGAAGAGAGUCCCCGUAGGUGCGAAGACUCCCACGGUACCGUCUGCUCCAGCGUCACCGCACGUCAGCGAGACCCCAAUGGAGGCUGAGACUGAUCACCUCGGACCUGAUCGACCUCAUGUGAAUAAAUCAGCUUCAGACGAGGCUGUACCGAUCACACCGCCACCGCUACCCAAGCGACGCCAGCGGAAAUCUAUCGCGGAAACACCUAGUAUACCAAAAAGAGAAGAGAUGUUUGUAGUCGAAGCGCCCAUGCAGGAUUUAAGCGUCCCGACCAGCCCAGCAGCAGCAGCCGACGAGUUUUUGUUUCCUCAAACACGUCCAGAGAAAACUCUAACAGGCCUGAGCAGGAAGAACGAGUGA